AGAAAUCGUUACUUGGAACCAUGCCAUUCCUCUCAAAUGAAAAAGUUAAAUUAAUUACACGUAUAAAAUGAAACCAUUGUUAUGUGUUUUAUUUUGUUUACUCAUAACAUUUAAACAUGUAUUUUUAAAUAAAGUAAACAACUCUUGUGAGUGUGGUGUUGGUGAUGUGGGAAUUAAUCGUCGCAUCGUCGGUGGUACCACAGUCCAGCCACACCAGUACCCGUGGCUAGUGGCCCUCAUGUUGGGAUCGAAGCUUCACUGCGGGGCUGCCAUUAUAACGGAUCUCCAUUUACUGACGGCGGGGCACUGCAUUACAUUUGGAGUGCAUUACAAAGAUCUCUCAGCGUAUAUCGGCAUGCAUGAUCGGUUGGGAUCCUCACACUCUGUGUACAGAAUAGCGAAUGGUGUAAAACAUCCCAAUUUCACUUCGAACGCUGUGCGAGAUAUCAAUGACAUUGCGGUGUUAACGCUGGAGAAGAAACUGAAGUUUUCGGACAAAGUGCGACCUAUUUGCUUACCCAGUACAGAUAUGGAUUUACGUAACCUAGCGCUCAGGGUUGCAGGAUGGGGGAAGACGAGGCAAGGUGCUCUCACCUCCUCACGCUAUUUGUUGGAAACAAAAGUCAAACUGGUACCUACUGCAACAUGUUCCAAGUCCAAUAUAUAUAGGGAAAACCUCGUCGCAGAUACAAUGAUGUGUGCUUACAGUCUGGGAAAAGAUGCGUGUCAGGGAGAUAGUGGUGGACCGAUCUUUGCUACACAUUCUCGGACACAUGACGAAAAAUGGUAUCAAAUCGGUAUAGUUUCAUGGGGAAUUGACUGUGCCAUGCCAGACUAUCCAGAAUGUGGCAAGCCUUCGGAUGACAUUGUGUCAAUGAGGAUAGUGGGAGGACGGAGGGCUGAACCUCAUUCAUUUCCCUGGACUGUAGCGAUCACUAAGAAUAACAUCAUGCACUGUGGUGGAGCAUUGAUCACAGACAGGCACGUUUUGAGUGCUGGACAUUGUUUUAAAUGGGAUAAAUUGAAUAAUUUGGUAGUUAAAAUCGGCCUGGACAGAGUAAACGACCAGACAAAUGUUGAAACAAGAUCUGUAUCACACUCCGUCAUACACGAACGGUUCCAUUCCACGCCGGUCCGAGAUGAAAACGAUAUAGCUAUCGCGACAUUAGACCACCCUGUGCGGUUUAAUAAAUACAUUACUCCAAUAUGCUUACCACAAUCUGGAGAAGACUUUGGCGGUCGGAUAGGAACAAUAGUAGGUUGGGGUCGUAUGGCAGUUGAUAAAGCACCGUCAAAAUUCCUUAUGAAGGCCAGUCUUCCUAUCCUUACUGAUGAAGAAUGUUUGCGUUCAAAACUGAGAAAGCAUUUAGAGCCAACAAUGUUGUGCACUUACUCCAAAGGAAAGGACGGUUGUCAAGGUGACAGUGGGGGACCUCUCGUGGUAUUUCAACCAGAUGGAAGAUACGUCGUAGUGGGAGUGGUGUCAUGGGGAAUAGGUUGUGCAGACAACAGGUAUCCAGGAAUUCACACGAAAGUAAGCUUUUUCAUCGAUUGGAUAAAGAAACAUUCUGCCAGUGGAAAUACGUGUAGCUCGUAGAAUAACACGAUUAUUUAUGUAGUACUAAUUGUUGAAAUUUGAGCCAAUUUACGUAAAAAUACUAAAAAAUACGAAAUUUAUAAUAAAA